AUGACCAAAUUUCAACAAAUGGAAAACGAUGGCGAACAGAUAAAAAGGUUUGUGUUUGGAAGUAAAUCCAGAGACAGCUCAACGUGCAGUGGGGAAAAUGUAGAAAUACUCAUACCGGAGCUUCCUUUGCCAGGAUACUCCUUUUAUACCUGGCCUUCUGCACCAAUUCUAGCUUGGUUUCUCUGGGAACGACGCCUCUCACUGAUCAACACUCGUAUACUUGAGAUAGGUGCAGGGACGGCAUUACCCGGAUUGCUGGCUGCAAAAUGCGGAGCUCACGUAACACUUAGCGAUUGCAGUACGUUACCAAAAACCUUGGAGCACAUCGAACGUUGCUGCCGGCUGAACAAUCUUAUACCCGGUCCUGGAAAGGACAUCGAAGUUAUCGGUCUUACGUGGGGGCUGUUCGUGGACCAAGUGUUGCAGCUAGGACCGGUAGAUUUGAUCCUUGGUUCAGAUGUAUUUUAUGAUCCGUCGGUUUUUGAAGAUAUUCUAGUGACUGUUUCAUUUAUAUUAGAAACAAACCCUAGCGCGAAAUUCCUUUGCACCUAUCAAGAGCGAAGUGCAGAUUGGUGUAUCGAAAAUUUGCUAAAAAAGUGGGAUCUAGCGUGUUCCGUGAUAAACUUGAACAAUCUCAGCGAGGACCUCGACAUCGAUCCUCAGGAAUUAAUGGGAAACCAUACCAUUCAUUUGCUGGAAAUUGUACGAAAAACGGUAGCCUAG